AUGGAGAAAACCUUGGAACACGUGGAGGAGGCAGAUAUUGCCCGGAAGCUCAGCGGUGAUGGCGCAAAAGAGACCAUGAAGAUGAAAAUCUUCGAGAGGGUCUAUGCGCACAUGGGAAACGAGAUCCCUCCGAACCAGCUGAAGAAUGCGAUUGUGGUCAAAACAGCCAAGUUUCAUCCGGUCACGGUGAUUCUGCUCCAGAUCCUGACCUGUGGUCUCUUCGGCUUCUUCCGCCCAAAGGAUGAUGAGACUGUCCUGGUGCUCACGGAAAAUGGGAGAGUUUAUCUGCUCAAGGUGGAACGGCCGAACGCCAUGGGCAUCGACCUCCAUGCCGCCUUCUUGACCUUCUUGCGGCUGAUGUUGCUGUUUGUGGCUUUGCUCACAGGUCCGGCAUUUGUCGUGAUGAUCUUUGGAGACAGUGUGAUGGGGGACACCGGCUUUGACCCCAACGGCAAAAACAUCCUGCAGCAGGAGAUCGAUCUGGACGUGAAGGUCUAUCGGAAAGCCAUGCGCAGCACCACCAUCUUGGUGAGCGCUCUGUCUGUGCUGAUUGCGGCGGUGGGCUGCUGGCUCUACACGAACUGGCCAGUGGACUACGCCACCCGUUCAAGACAGAGCUUCAAGGCUGAAACUGUGUCCUCCAUCCAGUACAGUAUCAGCGGAAGCAGCGUGGCGCGAAUUCUGAAGAUGCGCCUGUACUUCGGGAAAUAUCCCGGACAGGCAGCAUUGGACUCGCUGGGGCUCUCUGUGGGAUGCUCCGCAGGCCCUGUUCCUCCUGCUGACCUUUGUGGUACCGGUGCUGCGGCACACGGCAGCGGUGGAAACCAAUCCAAGACGCAGAAGAACCAAGAGGCGCAAUCCACCACCUUCUCUCCUACGUUCGUUUGGGCCCUGACCAUCGUCCUCUUCGUGGUCACGGGCCUCGAUGCCGCGUGCACCUGGUGGGAUCGUGUCGUGGCGAUUUCGCACAUUGCGACUGUGCGCGAGUUCUGUGUGGAAGCACCCACGGAUCCUGUCAAGGGGAAAGACUACUGCACAGUGUCAAGCUGUACUGCCUGGGCCAACGAGAUCAAGUACAGCCCCAAGUUUUGCACCGCGGUGCAGUUCUACCAGACCACCGGCACCAACGAAACGCAAGUGGCGGAUGCUGAAAUCAAUGGCAUCUGCAUGCAGUACGGCCACACUGAAGGCAGUUGCUGUGGAGGCUGUUUGAUGUCUGUGAAGGAUCUCUUUGGCGAUGGCUGGUACGAUGUUUUCACCACGAUCAUCGAGGUCAUCGGCGAUAUUGGUACGCUGCUCUUCUCUUUCGUGGCAGCAAAGUAUGCCAUGAACAUGUCGAUGUCCAGCGAACACUUGGAGAUUCAGUGCCAACGGGCUCCCACCUGUUGUGGCCUCUUAAGCGUGGAGCCCUUGAACGAGUUCAGCAAUGUUGAACCCUUGGCCUUAGAUUUCCUGGCCAAGAUGUUCGUUGAGGCAUGGGAAGGUCAAGAGGAUCAGCAAGUGGUGACGGACCCCAGCCCGGACCUCACUGGACCUGAGAAGGUGUGCCCCGCUGAUCGAGGGGUUCGUGCCUAUGAGAAAGAUGAGAGCACCGCCAGUUGGGAGGCAUUCCUUAAGGAGGACUCCAUCGUCAAGAUGGACUUGGAGAACUUCCUCUUGACGGUGAAGGUGCCCACCAAGGCCUUGGGCCUCCAUGACCAGGAACAGGUGGUGGCUGCUUGGUCCGAGAUGGAGCGAAUGAGGUUCAGUGACCUUGGCCCCUCAGUGCUCUACGGCCUAAUCGUCAUGGUACUGGUGAUGGUCUUGGCGCCCACGCAGAAAGUGGAAGUGGGUGGUCACGUCAUGGUGGGAGGCACUAAGGUCAUUGAAGGCAUUUUGGCAGGACUCUUCUUUGCCGUGUUCCAUGUGAUCUGGAGCUUCUUCGUGGACUUCCGGAACUUCAUGCACGCGGUAGUGGUCACGGACAUGCGCCUCUUCUACGUGCGUCAGAAGUACCGACUUCCGGGCUUUUCCGUGUUGGGAUCGGACCUGAGGGUGGACGCCUUUCGCCAUGAUCGAAAUCUCUUCUACGGCCGCUGCACCACCACCAAGCUGCCGUUCUACAUGCGGCUGAUGGGUUACAAGUACAUGCCGGGCCAGGUUUACAUGCAGAGCAAGAUGGGCGUGCUGAAGCUGUCUCGAGAAAAUGGGAAUGCCAUGGACGUCUUCCACGUGGUCUCCCAGCUGGCGCGCAAGAGUUCCAAAGACACCAUCACUGAGGAACGCAUGCUGAAGGCAGGUUGCAGCGAGGGGGUGUUGCGGGAGUGCGAAAAUGCGGUCCAGAAAGGUCUCUUUCUUAAGCAACCGGGUGUAUGGGACAUCAGACUGCAAGAGAUGGAUGUGGUAACACGAUCCCCAGACAUCUACCUCUGCGACAAGGAAGAGAAGAUGUUGUACCACUGGAGCCCCUUCAACUCGGUGACCGACGUGGUGGUCACCAGCGACAGGGUCUUCCUUUGGCAAAGGCCCUUGUACAAGAAAUUCGACUGCAAGACGUGUAUGUGCUGGGGCGCGUGUUGGUGCGGAUGGCUGACGAAGUGCACAACUGACGCCAGUUCCCUUCCCAACACCAUGUCCUUCCUCUGCUAUUCCGCCAUGCUGAGCUUCUCUUCCGAAUCCCAGGUGGACCCGCCUCUGUGGACAAACCCAGUGCAUCCACCGGUUCUUUGUCCGUGCAUCGACGAGUGUUGUGCAUGCACCACUCGCUGCAUGGUUUGCGACGAGAAGUGUGGAACCGUGGAGUGGGACAAGUGCGGCUGCAUACCGAAGCGGCCAAAUCCCAGAAGUCAGUUGUACUUGCUGUGGCGUUCUCGCUUCAAUGGGCAGCAGCCGGACCUGACCACGGUCUUGCGACCCUACAUGGAUCUCAACACCACCCGUAUGAAGGAUGACGAGGAAGAAGGUUUGUUGGGACGGGUUAUGGACCUGAUGCAAGACAACGGCCUCCUGUCCCGCGACACGCCGGAACAGGAAAGCAUGCUGGAUAGCAAUGAUUUCAAGGCCCCCGAGGAGAAACUCAAGGAGGUGGAGAUCCUGCGCAAACUGAUGGGAGCGGCCCACUCCGACUUCACGGCUGAUGAGAUGCACGCGCACUGA